CACUAAUCCGGCACUGCAGCGGCAUCAUCAUUAUCGCCCUCAUCAUCAUUGUGAUAGUGACAGCUUCGUCUAAAUGCCCGGAAAGGACUAGUGAUGUGAUGUUCUUUCACGAGCAUCCCGUAAUUAGCCUGGAUAGAUGGAUGACACGUGCAAGGAACGCAAACUCCUCUCUUUCCUUUUUUACCAAGCUGUGAGGGACCAUAAACCUGUGUGGAUGUUGGAGGACAUGCGCAACAUGGAGACAUUUCAUUGGGAAGAAGGCAGCCGGCAACGGACAUACACUCCAUCUGAGGCACUUCUGUAUGCCAUCGUGCAUGACCACAGAGCUUACGCACAAUACUUGCUGAAUCAAUUUUCAGAUGGUGCUCUUGCCAUGCCAGGUGAGAAUUUCUGCUGCUGUCCAUCAUCUGCUCCACACUUGGCUAUGGCUGUCCGCUACGACAGGAAGGACAUCAUGGCUCUCAUCCUUCAGGUGGCACAUAGAAUGCCCACUCUGCGCUCCUACAUGAACCGAGGAGGAUGCAAUCACAUGGAGGAUGGCAAAACUCCGCUCCAUCUGGCAUGUGAACUGUCACACUCAGAGGCUGUCAUAAUGUUAUUGGGAAGUGGGGCUUCACCACAAGCUGAGGACCAUAAUGGUAUGACACCACUGGAUCUAAUCCUCAAGCAGCUACGGUCCUCUAAAGUGAACACAGGUGCCAAGAAGUUGUGCCUGGAAAGGCUGCUCAUGUUCAUGCCUGAAGUGCGGUUCAAAAUGAAGAGCUCACUGGAAAAAGAUCCGCAGUGCUGGUCCAAAGUUCUGGGAGAGGAGAAGUUUAACUACUUGGUUGGGCGAAUUCCCGGAACGCUGUUUCUCAUAGCUAUGCAAAGAAUCCUGUCUCAACUACCUCCUCAUGAAUUUCCUAAAAGUCUGGACAAACUGCCCAUUCCAGCUUCUCUAAAACCCCUCACACAGCCCCUAAUGCAGACCUAACAGUGGCCUAAGUCCUACUGAAUCAUACUUAGAAAGUGCUUUUUUGUUUGUUUGGUUGGUUGGUUGGUUGGUUGGUUUUUUAUUUUCUUUUUAUCAAAUUUAUAUCUGUGUGACUGGCAUGAAUUUGACAUGUAGAUACUGUAUGUGUGUGUGCAUGUGCGUGUGAAUGUGUGUGUAGGUGUGUGUGCAUGUGUGUGUGCGUGUAUGUGGCAUGAAAUGAAUGAUCAAACCUAUCACUGUAACUUUAAGGUACUUUAACUGUAAGCAAAAAUGUCUUCCCGUUCUUAAAUUAAAUAAUGGAAACAUCUCUUUUAUUAAAAAAGGACAAUAUUUUUACGUGACUAAUAAUAAAAGAACAAGCAAUGUAUGUAUUUCCUAGUGGUUCUAAUGAUUAUGCAAAUUAUUUAAUGUACUAACUAAAUUUAAUGUAAUGUAAUGUAACUUUUAUUUUAAUCAGAGUUUUAUGUUUGAGAACAUGCUUGUAUGUGUUUUAUCGGAAAAUCUGACCAUCCGGUUGGUUUUUCCUCUUCGUCUUUUUAUUGAGUUGGGUCUAAACGGAAAAACAUUUAAACAGUCUAAGGUCAAAAGGCUAAUCUUGAUUUGAAGUUGUUUUUUUGUGUGAAACAUUUGAUAGAAUGCCCAACUGAAAGGGCAUAAAAUACUCCCAUAAAUCUGUUCACUGGACAGCAUUAUACUUUAAGUUAAGAUUUUAAGGUGUUUUUUGCACUACAUUAUCAUGAUACAAUCAGGACAACACUGACUUCUGAAAGAGUGAUUAUUAUUAUUAUUUUUUUUUAAAUUAUUAUUAUUAUAUGAAAAUCUAGGUACCAACAAUAUUUAAUAUGCAAGUCUGUUUUUUCUGUGUUCUUCUGUCCAACUGUGAUUUAAUUGUAACCAUUAUAAUGUCAAGUCAUUCACCAAAAGAAUAAGGGUUAUAUGAAUAAGAAAAAAUCAAUUCUGAAUUGUGUGUGUGUGUCUAUGUCUAAAUGACUACUAAUUUGUGAGAAGUUUCUCCUUUCACCUUUCAUUUUAUUCAUUAUUUUAUUUUCAGUAACCACUUGAUCCCACCAAAGUUACAGUGGAUCCAGUGACUGUGCUGGGAAAACCCUGCAUGAGAUGUACAUCCUGAAUGGAACACCAUUGCAAGUCUACCUCUGAACACAAUUUGACCUCUGCAAAUUAUCCAAAAUGCAGCUGGGUGACUUGUUUUCAGCCUGCUCCCAAAGUUCUCCCUCAUUGCUAGGGUUCUUCCACUGGCUUCGGUAGCUCCAUACAUCAGAUUCAAAACAUUCAUGCUUGCCUACAAAGCCAAAAAUGUACCCUCUUACCUCAAAGCUCUUAUCACUCCUCGCACUGCACCAGGCUCCCUCUGAUCUCGUCAUCAUCUAGUCUCUGAUCAUCUAGUACUGUUUGACUGGUCCCACCAUCUCUUAGGGUACAUGGUAGGUACUCAUCAAGACUCUUCUCUAUUCUGGCACCAAUGUAGUGGAAUGAAUGUCCCCUAGACCUCCAAACAGCAGUGACAUAGCCACUGACUGACUUGUCUUCAAACAGUGGGUGAAGACUGUAUAUUUGUGUGUGUGUAUAUUAUAUAUAUAUAUUAUAUAUUCUAUUACUUCCU